AUGUCUGUCUCCAAUUCUCACAAGGAAUGGAAACAAGGAAAGAGGGGGUUUGUAAGGAUCUCCUACCAGGACUCCAACUACAGGCGCUCUAUUCCAGCUGAAGAGCGCCUGUCCAUCUGUCUGCGGUUUCUUGCCACUGGGGACUCCUACAGGACCAUUGCGGGGAGCUUCAGAGCGGGCAUAUCCACCGUCUCCAUGCUCAUCCCAGAUGUGGUGGCAGCCAUCUGGGACUGCCUCGUGGAGGAGUUCAUGGCUGUGCCUGGAGCAGAGGAGUGGAGAGUUACUGUACACUUCAAAAACUCCGCCGAGAUCGGGAGCGGCAUGAGGCUGCGUCAGCCCUCGCUACAACAGCAGCGUCUAAGAGCGCCUUUUGAGUAG